GAUUCCGGAGAAAUGGCCACCCCCGGAAGGUUUUAAUGAAAAUUCUGUGAUUGAUUGGUCAAAUAGGAAUGAAUAAUCUUGAACUAGCCUGAGUGAUGAUGUUUGGUUGACACUGUCGUGUCGCAUUGACGUAAAGACAGAUAAAUGAGGCGGUAGGCCCGGUAAAUUACGCUGGCCUUGUUGGGUGUUUUUGCAUGUCGUUUACGGUCAUCUUAUGGAGAUGUCGCAUAGCUUGAUGCGGUCGAGAGUAAACUGCAGUUAGAAGAUGUAGCAACUCGCAUUAUACGAGCUCACACCGUGCAUAAAGAUCACUCUGAUUCAGAAAUGAAUCGUGUAAUCUCCGUACUUCUUGUGCUAGUCCCUGCCAUCACUGCAGUGGGUGCCGUCCCGUGGAACGACGAGGCUCGUCUGGUCUCAGAUCUGUGGACGAACGCCGGGUACGAUGCCGAGACCCGCCCGGUCCGAAACGCCUCCGAGACGGUGCAAGUCGCUCUGCGGGUGGAUGUCUUCUCCAUUCUUAAUGUUGAUUCCAAGGAACAAGAAAUUAGAAUUGCUUCUGUAUUUAACAUGAAAUGGCAAGAUGACAGGUUGAAAUGGAACCCUGACGUCUACAACGGUCUGGAGUAUCUGUCAGUUGCGGCGGACAAGACCUGGUAUCCCAAACUCCGGGUGCUGAACGCUCUUGAAGAGUCAAGACUGAUCACGGACGAUACAGAAGUGAUGAUCACCAGUGAGGGCGUGCUUCACGUGCUUCACUCCCUCAUCUUCGAGGCGCAAUGCCACCUUCAACAGGCGUUGUUCCCCUUCGAUGUCCAGGAAUGUCAGUUCCUUGUCGGCACAGUUGGCGUCCCGAGCGGCGUGAUGAGGUUAGAAGCCUCCGAGGCUGAUAAACCUCGUGAGAGUGUCCAGUCAAUCUCCAGUUGGCAUCUUGAUGACCUCACGGUCCGUGGCAUCCUGUCACCGACUUGCAUCGAUGCACACGCGGUAGCAGAUGGUGAGGAGUGCCACCGAACCUCAGAGACUGAGGUGAACCUCAAGCUGAGGCGCGAGCCCAAGUACCACGUGUACACGGUACUGGCCCCCUGCACGAUCCUCACGCUUCUCGCCUCAAUGAUCUUCUGGCUGCCCACCGAGUGCGGCGAGAAACUCUCCUUCGGUAUUUCCAUUUUCUUCGGUUUUGUUAUCUUUCAGCUGCUUGUUCAGGAUGCGUUGAGUGAGGCAGGAGGCGAGAAACCCUCACUCCUGAUUCGUUACGUGCUCUUCAACUUCGCACUUGUCGGUGUGGCAGUCAUGAUAUCUGCUGUAUCUAUUGCCCUCUAUCACAGAGGUGAUGGCGGGGAAACCUCACAGAGCACGGCCUUGUGUAAGAUCUGCGCACCUCAUGCACAAGUUGGUAUUGAGGAUCCCCAACAAGCAAGACUCACUCAAGACAGGGAAGGAGAUGCAGCAAAGGAUGAGGAAAAACCGCAGUCAAAGGCAAAGAAACCCUGGAACUGGAAGAAAAUCGCGAAGUAUCUGGAUCGCGUCUCCUUCGUUGUCUAUUACAUCGCAUUCUUCAUCUUCUUCUUGGCGAUAGUUGUUGAGGUUAUCCAGAUUUAGGGAGCAUUGUUACCGGGUGAGGGUGUGAGGCGCCAGAGGUUGCCGCUUUGUGAGGUUACCGGUACAAAUCGGGGCAUUCGAGAUCGCGAAGUUUUACCAGGG